CUGACUAGUCUAACGAGUUGUCUAUUAGAAAGACUGAGACAUUGAGGUGACGCACAGUUAUGACGCCAUAUUCUCGGCUGUUUUUUAUCUUGCUCUGCUGUACGAAAGCCUUGUUGUUUUUCUGUCUGACUCGACGAGCUGAGGUUCAGACAUGUCAGAGGGAGAUGGUGUACUGUCCAAUAGGAGCUUUCUGUCCAGUGAUGGUGGUAAUUUUAGCUCUCUUUGCCCAAAUGGCUCUGAAUGGAUUUGGUCCAAACUCGGAGAGUGCACUCAGGACAACCGGGACAUGGCCAGUGUGGUCCUAGGUCUGCUGUCCAUCUCCUGUUUCAUCGUGUCCUCUUUCCCGCAGUACUACAGCUCGUGUAAGGCCGGGAAUAUGGACAGCGCUUUAUCCAUUUGGUUCCUGUUGUUUUGGCUUGCGGGUGACUCGUGUAAUCUCAUAGGCUCGUUUUUAGCUGACCAGCUUCCUCUUCAGAAAUACACUGCGGUGUACUACGUCCUGGCCGACCUUUUAAUGUUAAGCAUGUAUGGAUUCUAUAAGAUGAGGCACAUACCACGCGGUGACCGCAGGACGGUGCUGUAUACGUUGGGUGUGCUGUGUACACUCGGCACGUUUUCCUCUCUGCUGCAGUCUCCCGUCUCUGUUGUACACACACGCAUCUCCUCCUCGGGCUUCAGGGGCCGAACGCUGCUGGCUGUGGAUCAGCUGAAUGCAAGUUCAAUAGAGCCUUUCAGCACUAAGGAGAUUAUUGGCUUCACGGUCGGCUCGAUCUCCUCUGUGCUUUAUCUCUGCUCCAGACUGCCACAGAUUUAUACCAAUUUUCGGAGGAAGUCGACAGAAGGCGUGUCGUUCUUUCUGUUCGCACUGGUGAUUCUGGGUAACGUCACGUACGGGCUGAGCAUACUGGUGAAGAACCCGGAGCGAUGGGAGGGUGAGACAAGUUACCUCGUCCACCACCUGCCCUGGCUCGUCGGCAGCCUGGGGACGCUCUCACUCGACCUGGUGAUAUCGGUUCAGUUUAUGAUCUACAGCAGAGCUUCAAAGAAGACAGUAGACGUUGAGGAGACUGCGGCUCUCCUGAAUGACUGAGUGCUCAGACCUCCAAACCUUCACCACGCACGACUCCCCCCCCACCCCCCCAACAC